GCCCACCAGCGGCCUACACUCCGCCUUCCGCCAUCAUGGCCGCGCAUGCGCACUGCCCACCUGCGGCCUAGUCCCCGCCUUCCGCCAUCAUGGCCGCGCUGUGCGACCCCCCCGGUGCGGGCAGCCCCCCCCGGACCCCGAUCAGCCCCCAGGACCUUUCCCAUGAGCUCAAGGCCUUCCUGACCGGCUCGGACCCGACUUUAGGCACCCCCUUAUCCCCCCCUGACCACGCUCGUUGUGCCCUCCGUCUCCUCCGCCGCCUCCCGGCCGCCCGUCACGCCGUCCUCCAACACCUCGCCGGCCUCUUUGACGACCACGUCAGCUCCCACCUCCGCCUCCGUUCCGAGCUCCAUCCCCCCCCGCCUCCAUCAUCCCCCCCAUCAGCCCUGACCGAGGUGAUCCACGAAGCCCAACGUCUCCUCUUGGCCUUUAUCAAAGCCAAACCCAACGCGUGGGCUCCUCUAUUGGCCGCGUGGGCUGUAGAGCUGCUGGGGCAGCUGAGCAGUAAAUACUCGAGCCGACAUGGAGCUCGUGGGCUCAACGAGCUGCUGCAGCUCUGGAUGUCGUGCGAAUCCACCCGCACCCUGAUGGAGAUCUACGCUCAAUGCCUGGCUGCUCUUAUUGCGACCUGCCCCGACGCAUGCGUGGAUGCAUUGCUGGAUACAUCGGUUCAACACUCCCCCCAUUUCGAUUGGGUUGUGGCUCAUAUCGGAGGCUCCUUCCCCGGUACCAUCAUCAGCCGGGUUCUGUCCUGCGGCCUCAAGGACUUUUGUGCCCAUGGGGACGCAGUGGUUGCAACGGGGGCUGCAGACAAACGCGUCCCCAAAUUGGCUUCAGUUGUUGGGAUCCUGGGUCACUUGGCAUCUCGACACGGAGCCAGCAUCAAACAGGAGCUGCUGCGGAUGUUCCACGAGGGUUUAAGCCCAGGGCAGCACAAAGGCACCGUCCCCUUUUUGCUGCAGUUGGCCUUAAUGUCCCCCCCAUUGCUGGGCACGGUGGCUGCGGAGCUGGUGGAGUCUUUAAAGCCUGCGGUGCUCAACCAGCUGCACCAACGCUUCUCUCCUUUACCUCGAGAUGAACUGGAUGCCACCGUGUCCCUCCUGGUCCGUCUCAUUUGCCAAACCUCCUGCGGCGCAUUCCGCACGUUGCAAUUCCUGCUGGAUACCGCCAUGCCGGCCUCCGUUAUCACCCCUCCGGGCUUGGCCCUUCACGACGGCGUCCGCGAGGCCUGCGACCGCCUGGUUGCGUUGCUGCUGCUGCAGCUGCAGAAGCUGGUUCACAACCGACCCGCCCCAUCCCUCAGCGACGGCCCGCAGCGCUGCAUCCCCUUCCUUGAAGCUCUAAGGGGUCGCGUAGGGGAGCUGUGCAUUGAGACGCUGCGGCUGGAGAGGAAGCGUUACCUGUGGCUGCAUCAGCUGCUGGGGCUGCUGGCUGUGUAUGCAGCCCCGCAUGGCGCCCCCGAGGCUCUAUUCCACCUCUUGGCUGCAGCUAAAGGCCAGGAGGAGCUGGCUCUGGCUGCACAGUUGCAUGCGGUGCUGGCUGCAAGCUUGGCCGACCUCCCCGCAGCCACCGCAGCGCUCUGCGUGCGGCAGAUCCAUGCGGGCGCAUUGCCUGCGCCGCAGUUAGCGCGGCUCCUGCGCAACCUGGCUGCGGUGGCUGCGGAUGAAGGCGCAGACGAAGCUGCAUCGUUGGGUGCUCAGCUGGCACCCGCAUUAGCGUCGCAUCUCCCCGAGCUGGCCCGGCUGCUGCUGCACCCUGCGCCCGACGCAUGCGAAGCCGCUGCAUUGCUGCUCUGCUCGCUGCCACCCCCGCGCGGCCUCCGUCCCGCGCAGCUGCAUGCGGCUCUGCGUGCAGCCGUGCAUCAUUUCUUCCUUGCAUUACGUCGUGCAGGUUGCGAUGGCGGAUCCGGGCUAUGCAACGCAUGCAAGCUGCUGGAAAAGCUGAGCUCGGGUUCGCCCAGCGCAGGUCGUGCUGCAUUGCAGCUGCUGGUGGAGGGGGCGCUGCGGGGCCGCAAUGCGCAGCUGUUUGGCGGCGAUGCAGCAGGAGAAGGAGGAGGAGGAGGAGGAGGGGGGUGCAAUGAAUGCGACGCUGCAUCUGCUGCAUCGUUAUUAGCCACCAACCGGCGCUUUACGGCCGCAGUCGAUUUCUCCGCCGGCGUCUGGUCGGUGUUUCACGCCGGCGUCAUCGGCCACGGCUUAAAGAUGGAAUCAGACCCUCCAUCAUGCAGCCAAGACGAGGUGAAUCGCAAUAUAUAUGUAUUUAUUAACGUCCUGCUGCGCUGCUGCCGCGCCGCAGAGCCCAACCCCCCUCCACCCCCAUGCAUCAGCCCCGAUGCAGCCAAAGCCGUUGCAUCGGCCUUAGUGGACAGCGUGUGCCCUGCAGCCGCAGCUGCAGCGGGUGGGGAGCUGUGUUGGCCGCCGGAGGAGCAAGCACGCAGCACGGUGGAGCGCGACCUGCGCAUCCUGCGGCGCUUCAAGCAGCAGCCAUUACUGUUCCCAUUGCUGCGGGUGGUCGCAAUGGGGCGCCCCGCUCUGUGUUAUUGCUCCGUGUUACUUAGGGGGCUGCUGGCCACGCUCAUGGCGCAUUGGGAUGCGUGUCGGCAUGCGGAUACUGCAUCAUCCCCGUGGCAUCUACAUGCGUCGUGUGCAUUAGUUGCAUGCAUGGCUGAGGGUUCAUUGCUGCCUCCGGUGCUGGGGGAGGUGCAGGAGUUGUUUCCAUGCUUGGCUCCGUUCGAGGUGCGGCUGCUGCUGCUCAGUGUAUGGGAGUAUCUACGCGAGCACAGCCCCCUGCCCCAGAGAUUCAGCUUCCAGCCCCAUAGAGGGAUGUUCCAAAGGGAUUUUGCCAGGGAAGGGGAUCCCGCAAAGUAUUUGGUGCCGUUGCACAGCGUCCUGCAUCGCAACGUGGAACGGCUCGGGCUGCUGGCGGGGAGGUUCCGCACGUGAUUGGAAAGGGGGGGGGGGGGGGGGAUGG